CGCACCAAUUGUUCUCUUCUCUCUCCAAUCAUCACUUCCGUCGGCGUCUAAGAUUUCUGGGAGAUCACCUUCGAUUCAUUCCAACCUCUCUCUUCCUUUUUACUCUUCUUUCGAUCAAUUCAGGAUCAACAAAAUCAAAAUCAAAAUCAAAAUCAUCGCUUAAUCCUCGUUUCUCUUCAUUCGAUUCAUUAAUGGAGAACUGUAAAGCGGAUAACAAUGGAACCAAAACCACAGACUCAUCCACCAACGAAAACCCUAACAACAAUUCACCAUCUCUAGUUCAAGAACAAGAACAUGAAGGAUCGAACUCCAUUGUCAAUCAAUCUACCCAAUCAUCCUCCACCAGAACCCCCUUCACCAACCUCAGUCAGGUCGAUGCCGAUCUCGCCCUCGCUAGACCUUACAAGAACAGGAAAGAGCGUAUAUGAUGCUAAGGAUGAAUGGUGAUGGGAGUGACUACGGAAGUUGGGAAGCUGGAAGCUAUGUUCAUGAGGAUGAUGAAGAUUUUGAUGAUCCCAGUGAAGAUGAAUAUGAUGAUGAGGAGGUGGAAGAUGAAGAUGAGGAUGAGGAUGAGGAUGCAUUUGAUGUGCAUGCUCAUGCAGAAGCUGGAGAGGAUAAUGAUUCAAGUGUUGGUGUUGAACUGGAUCCAGCUUCGUUUCCUAAUGACGAGGAGUAUGCUAGAGCCCUACAAGAUGCUGAAGAACGAGAAAUGGCAGCUAGGUUGUUGGCUUUAGCUGGGAUAAAUGAUCUGUUGGUGAUUGCAGGGGAAGCUGAGGAUACGGACGAUCAUGGUGGCAACUCUCAGGAUACAUGGGAGGAGUUAGAUCCGGAUCAGCUAUCAUAUGAGGAGCUGCUUGCAUUGGGGGAAGUAGUUGGAAAUGAGAGCAGAGGGCUUUCUUCUGAUACAAUUGCCUCUUUACCUUCAAUGAAUUAUGAGACGCAAAGCACUCAGGAUGGAAACAAUGAUUCUUGUGUUAUCUGCCGGUUGGACUACGAGGAUGGUGACACCUUGACUGUACUUUCCUGCAAACACUUGUACCAUUCUGAAUGUAUAAACAAUUGGUUACGAAUAAAUAAGGUCUGCCCCGUUUGCUGCACCGAGGUGUCCGCAUCUGGAAACAGCUAGUACAGAGUUGGACAGUCUCAUUUAAGUUACAGAUUUUCUUUACCAAAUAUCUAGGCAGACAACAGUGAAAGUUGAUAAAACUUGUUUUUUUUAAGUAUUGUACACUCCCCCAGUGGAGAGUAAAAGAUUAGUAAUGUGUCUGCCUUGUAUCCAUUGUUCUGCCUAAAUGUAAUUGACACCCUUCCAUGUUUGCUGGUUUACAUUUUCAUUUCGUUCCUUUUUGGUU